GGUGUUGCUCUGAUUUUUUCCGGUUCCGGGUCACGAUCUUCACGCCGUUCCCUGCUGCCAUGCUGAGGCUCUCGUUCCUGUCCCGGCUCGUGUCGGUCUCCUCCCGCCUGGGCCCUCAGGCCACCUUGACACCGCCGAUCGCCUCCGUCCUGCGGACCGGGCCCCCUGGGAUCCGCGGCCUCGCUCGCUCCAUGUGGUUGCUUUCCAGCUCGGCCUCGGGCCGCAGGCCGCUCCGUUCCAGCCACCUUCUCAACGGCGUGUCCUGCGGCUGCGGGGCCCUGCACACGGAGGGUGACAAAGCAUUCGCUCAAUUUCUCACUGAUGAAAUCAAGGAGGAGAAGAAAAUCCAGAAGAGUUCAACACUGCCGAAGGUGUCAGGAGGCUGGGAAAUUGGGCUGAAUGGGACUGAGGCGAAACUUGUAAGGAAAGUUGAUGGUGAAAAAGUUACAGUCUCCUUUAAUAUCAAUAACAGCAUUCCGCCAACAAUGGAGGAGGAACCACAGGAAGGACAGAAGGGUUCAGAGAAUGAGCCUGAAAUCAUCUCGACCCCAAACUUUGUUGUGGAAGUGACCAAGCUGUCGAAUAACCAGAGCCUGGUUUUUGACUGCCACUAUCCUGAAGAUGAGAUUGGGCGUGGUGAUGAGGAUGACAGUGACAUCUUUGCCAUCAGAGAGGUCAGCUUUCAGCCCACGGGAGAAGACAGUUGGAAAGAAACCAGCUAUACCCUUAAUACAGACUCCCUUGACUGGGCCCUCUAUGAUCAUCUGAUGGACUUCCUGGCGGACCGUGGGGUUGAUAACACUUUUGCUGAUGAACUUGUUGAGCUGAGCACAGCUUUAGAACACCAGGAGUAUAUCAAGUUUCUGGACAAUUUGAAUAGUUUUAUAAAGUGUUAAUCAUUGAUGUAUACAAUUAACAUUUGUCUCUCUGCCUCCUGGGAAAGAUCAUCCUGCAAUGAUGAUGCUUGUUAAAUGGCAGAAUGAUCCUUGGCUUUAAAUUAUUUCACAAUAGAUUUUGUACAAAGAUAUUCUUUGGUACUGAAUGGCUCUGUGUAAUUGGCAUCCAUCUCUAUAUAAUGUACAGAGCAGCUUGGGAUGCUGAAAUACCCAAAAUGAUGCCUCCUGAAUUGUACUCUAAUUAUGGAAGUGUGUGUGUGUGUAUGUGAGCACAUUAACCAGAUUACUUUCUCCUCACAAUGUCAUUGGCCUCAGAUGUUCCCGUAAAAAUGAAGUAUUGAUUAAACAUGAUGUCAAACUUUGGUUCUCCUGAUUUCUUGGGUUGGGAUUGUGUAGGGUGUGCAAUUCAAGUGACCCAGGAAGAUGGCACAGUGGUUAUGUUGCUGGAGUAGUAAUCCAGAGGGCCAUCUCUGUAUCCUUCAGGCAGCAGAUUCAAAUGGAAUUUAAAUUCAGUUAAUAAAUCCAGAGUUGAAAGUGAGUCUCUGAUAGGUGACCAUCGUUGAAUGUUGUAAAAGUCAGUCUGGUCCACUAAUGUCCUUUCUGCAGAAGGAAAUCUGAUGUCCUUACCUGGUUUGGCCUUACACGUGAUUCCAGAUCCACAGCAAUGUUCUUGACUCAUAACUGCUUCUGAAGUAGCCCAGCAAGGCACUGAGUUCUGAUGAAAUGCUGACCCUACCAGUAAUGCCUAAUCUUAUGGGGGGAGGAAAGAAAGGAAAAAGAGUAAGGAACUUUCUAGCAUUCAUAUAAUUCCUAGAAAUGGCAGCUAUAGAACAAUAACUCAUUUCGAGCGUGGAGUUGGAGGAACACAGCAGGCCGGGCAUUUCUGAACAUGGGUCCCGAAUUGAAAUGUCAACUUUCCUGCUCCUCUGAUGCUGCCUGGCCUGCAGUGUUCUUCCAGCUCCACACUGUGUUAUCUUAUUUCAAGCAUUUUUUUUUGCAUCUUUAAGUUCAGGUAUGAAUUUUAUUUCAUCUGUAAAUUCUUUGAAGUGGAAUUUUAUGUUUUUGAAGAUUAAAGGAUGCAGGGAGUGAGCAGGAAUGUAGAAUUACAGAAAGAUAGACGAUUUACGUUUGUAUAUCAUCUUUGUAACCUCCGGAUGCUCCAAAUACUUUACAGCCAGUUACAUUUUGUAAUAAUUGUUCUGUGCAACAGUGCACCCUGUUUGUGCAUGGAAAAAUAUCUUCUCAUGUGACAGAAUACUCCUGACUUGCCUGUGUGAGUGCAGCACCAGCAGCACUUGAGAUGAUCAACACCAUCUAGAAUAACUUACUUGCUGAAUUGAUACCCUAUCUAUUUCCUUCACUGAUGCCAUCUAUGAGAUGCACUGCAGUAGCUCACCAAUUUUUCUCUGACCACUAUUCCCUGAAAGCUCAAGGCUAGCAGAUAUUUGGGAACACUACCACGAGUAAGAUCCCUGCCAAGAGCGUCACCAUCCUGACUGGGAAAUGGUGUUCCUUUCCUGGUGCAAGAUUAAAUCCUGGCACUCCCUAACAGUACUGUAGUGUAGCUACAGACCAAUAAUUCCAGCACAAAGGGAAGCAGUUGUAAUGUUGUUGGACUAGUAAUCCAGAGCCCCAGGUUAAUGCAGUAGGGGCAUAGGUUCAAAUUACACUGUGGCAUACAGUUAAAUUUGAAUUCAACGCAAAUCUGAAAUGAAACACUAGUUAAUAUGACAACCAGGUAAUUACUGUUGUUUGUUGUUAAUAGGAUUUAAGAACAGCUGCUUCCCUGCUGUUAUCAGACUUAUGAAUGGACCAGUCCUACGUUACAGAUGAUCUUUCCCUGUAGUUGUAAUAUCAUAUUCUGAAUUCUGUUCUAAUUACCUUGAUGUACGUAUGUAAGGUAUUAUUUCUCUGGUCACCAUGUGCACAAUGCUUCUCAGUGUAUCUCAGUGCAUGUGACAAUAAUAAAAUCAAAUCAAAAACCUCA